GUGCAAGCUGCAGGUAAUAGCUAAACGUUGGACGAAGUUGGUCAUUCGAAGUUUUAGUUUCCAACGGACAGGAUGGCGCAGACGGAGGAUACAGUGCAACCCCUAUUGCAGCAGUUUCAGCAGCUGUUCUUCAUAUCAAAGAUAGCCGGGAUUCUGCCGCAAGAUCUGGAGAAGUUUCGCUCCCGGAAUCGGAUGGAGAAAUCUCGCAAUGGCAUGAUCUACAUGAUUGGCACUCUUAUCGUCUACGUUUUGGCCUACAAUUUUCUAAUCUACUCCUUCGGGGAGGAGGACCGAACUCUCAAAGCCUCGCAGAGCACCUUGACCUUUGUGAUUGGCUUGUUCCUGACCUAUAUUGGGCUCAUCAUGAUGGCCAGCGACCAGUUGACCGCCCUACGAAACCAGGGCAGGAUUGGUGAUAUUUACGAGCGCAUCCGUCUGGUGGACGAGCGUCUGUACAAGGAGAACUGUGUGAUGGACAAUAGUACCAUUGGUCGGCGCAUCCGGAUCAUGCUCGUCAUGACGGUCAUCUUUGAGUUGUCCAUUUUGCUGGCCACGUAUCUCAAGCUAGUCGACUACUCGCAAUGGAUGUCCUUGCUGUGGCUAGUGUCGGCUAUUCCCACGUUCAUUAACACGCUGGACAAGAUCUGGUUUGCUGUUUCGCUUUAUGCAUUGAAAGAGCGUUUUGAGGCCAUCAAUGCUACGCUGGAGGAGCUGGUGGACACACACGAGAAGUAUAAGCUGUGGCUCCAAGGCGGCCGGGAUGUCCCACCUCCGUUGGAUAGCUCCCAGCCGCCUCAGUAUGACAGCAAUCUGGAGUAUCUGUACAAGGAACUUGGAGGCCUGGACAUGGGUUCUAUUGGAAAGAAUUCGGUGUCGGGCUCGGGAAAGAAUAAGGUGGCUCCCGUGGCCCACUCCAUGAACUCUUUUGGAGAACCAAUCAAUGCGGCCACCGGUAAGCCUCCACCCAACCCCUUGGCCCCCAAUUUGGUCCACGAAAGCGAACUGGGAAAUGCUGCCAAAGUAGAGGACAAGCUAAACACUCUGUGCCAGGUGCACGACGAGAUCUGCGAGAUUGGCAAGGCUAUGAACGAGUUGUGGAGCUAUCCCAUCCUGUCGUUGAUGGCCUAUGGGUUCCUGAUUUUUACGGCUCAAUUGUAUUUCCUUUACUGCGCCACACAGUUCCAGUCGAUUCCCUCACUGUUCCGCUCCGCCAAGAAUCCUUUCAUCACGGUCAUCGUCCUGAGUUAUACGUCCGGAAAGUGUGUGUACCUCAUCUACCUGAGCUGGAAGACUUCGCAGGCCUCCAAGCGCACUGGCAUCAGUCUGCACAAGUGCGGUGUGGUGGCAGAUGACAAUCUUCUCUACGAAAUAGUAAACCACUUGUCGCUGAAGCUGCUCAACCACUCGGUGGACUUUUCUGCCUGCGGCUUCUUCACUCUGGACAUGGAGACACUGUAUGGCGUGAGUGGCGGGAUCACCAGCUACCUGAUCAUUCUGAUCCAGUUCAAUUUGGCCGCCCAGCAGGCCAAAGAGGCCAUCCAGACGUUCAACUCGCUGAAUGAUACCGCCGGCUUGGUUGGUGCCGCCACCGAUAUGGAUAAUGGCAGCUCCACGCUGCACGACCUGGUGACCACCACCAUGCUUACGCCGGCGGGCUAAAGCUACGCGUUUUUGAAUUUUUCAAUAUUUAGAGCACCU